GCCAGUAAAUUCCCCGCCAGAGUGUUGGUAGGGCCCAUUGUUCUGCGCGUCACUGUGGCCCUCCCACUCCUGCGCACAUUGCAGCUGCAGGGAGUCUCGGGCUGGAGAGCGUUGCUCGGUGAAUUGGGGACGAGUCACUCACCGGGUGUUGGUUAUCCUGAGAGUGUGAGACCAUGGGGAAGAAACAGAAUGGCAAGAGCAAGAAGGUGGAGGAAGCCGAGCCUGAAGAAUUUGUUGUAGAAAAAGUUAUGGACAGGCGUGUAGUAAAUGGAAAGGUUGAAUAUUACCUCAAAUGGAAAGGUUUUACAGAUUCAGACAACACCUGGGAGCCUGAGGAAAACUUAGACUGUCCAGAGUUGAUUGAAGCAUUCCUUAAUUCUCAGAAGGCAGGGAAAGAAAAACCAGACAGCAACAAAAGGAAAUCUGUGUCAGACAGUGAAUCUGAAGACAGCAAAUCAAAGAAAAAACGGGAAUCUGUUGAUAAACCACGGGGAUUUGCAAGAGCUCUGGAUCCAGAAAGGAUAAUUGGAGCUACAGACAGCAGUGGUGAAUUAAUGUUCCUUAUGAAAUGGAAAGAUUCAGAUGAAGCAGAUUUGGUACCUGCUAAAGAAGCAAAUGUAAAGUGUCCUCAGGUUGUUAUUGCAUUUUAUGAAGAAAGAUUAACUUGGCACUCUUGUCCAGAGGAUGAAGCACAAUAAACUUAUUUUUCAUGUAGAGUUUUUUUUUGUUUUUUUUUUUUGAUCCACCACUUCAGGAACCUUCAAGAUUUUUGUUUUAGUAUUUCCAGAAUAAGCCAAAUUUUUGGUUAUGGCCCCGUGACAUUGGCAUGGCGUAAGGAGCCUUUGAUAUGUAAAAUUACUUUCUCUCUGGGCUUUUUAUACAUUUCAAAUUAUUGAAAGUUUCUGUAUUAUGCAAAUUUUGCAAGUGUUUUGUAGUCUUCUGUCAUUGUGCAUGUUAAUGCUUUACUUCUAACCUGUCCGUAUGCUAGUUUCAUUAGCGCCAGUCCUUCCGUUGAAGAGGCCUGGGAAAAACUUUGUAGUAAAUGGAAUGUUACCUUACUGUAUAUUGUUUACUUCAAUGUAAAUACUGGUGAGCAGUGUUCAAUAAAUAGUUUUUAUAUUCUCCAUAA